AAGGAAGCACGAGCGUUCGCUCGCGCAGUUUGACCAAGACGAGGAUUUUACUCUUUUCAGAUGACGAGCUGCAGAAGAUCAUUGUAUCCAUUCCAAGACUCGGGCUUGCAAAAUAUAGCGAUGAAAUUCGAGUGGGCUCAUCGAACGCCGAAAAAGUAGAAGUGUUGGCUCAUCAGCGGCGAGACCGACGACGUUCAAAUACGACCAUAGAUAUCAUCAGUGUUGGCUCUCACGCCCGACCGUUGUACCAAGAGACACAGAAAAACAUCUUUGGAAACUACAGCUCCGUCAGGAAUUUCUUUGGGCUAACUGAGGACGACGACACCGAAAUGGAUUGCCACAAAAGACUUUCAUCAACACACCUGCAAAAGGUGGUCAAGUUCUGCAGGGGUCGUGGAAAUGUACUAGGAGAGAAAUUCUUUCACUUCAGACAAAUGACAAUGCAUUACGCAACCCUACGAUGGUUGAAAAAGAAGUCAAACCCGAUUGGUUGGCUUUGCGCACAAAAGCGGCCAUUCGAUGGUCUGAUGAAAACUUUGGGCUCGUACAAGUCGCAGGAUACCCCCGACUACUUAAUAGUAGUGGAUGACGAUACUUGGGUGAAUAUAGAUCAGCUGGUGUCGAGUUUGCGAUCAAUGUAUCCAGCUGAACUCCCUUAUGCUAUUGCGGGGUGUAUGAUUCGCUCUCGUGUACACGAACACAAUUUCACCAUUCCCUACGGAGGCUGGGGGAUGAUCUUUAGCCGACCAGCAAUUGAAAACCUGAUGAAGCCGCUUUACUGCAACACUGCUCCAAACAAUUUUGAGGAUGAGUUUGUGCGUUUGGCUUGCUGGCGUCUUUCGGAAAGCCCUAUUGGUGAGCAGCCCCUUUUCCGAGAAGGCAUGAGCGUGGCUCAGUUAAUGCACGCGUAUGUGAAUGAUCAGCCAUACCAGCAAGUCGAUUCUUGGAAUUCCCUAGGCUACUGCUUGCAUAGCGAUUGGGUUUGGGGUUACUUUACAAAUUUUUAUCAUAUCUCCGUGCAUACAAAUACUCCGAAAUUUUCUAGCCUACUGGAAGAUCGACUGCAAGGGUUUAAUGGCUCGAUGAUUUAUGCAGGACGACCAACUCCAGAAACCGAGGAACUCAAGCGAGAAUGCAGGAAUCAAGGCGACGACAUGUGCACGAAAAACUCAAACAUGUGCCACUAUGUCACUCCCCAGCAUAUGGAAAGGCUAACUCUGCAGCUGCAGGGCCAAUAGAGAAUGGUAUUGUGGCCAUUUGAUACAAAUGCGAACUUCU